CGCCGUUGAGAGCUGUUGAUCAUUCAGCUCGCCAAAUGAUUCGGUCCAAGGGAGGUUUCAGCAGAGGUGCUUAUGCAAGUCCCGUGCCCUUUCUGAGCACCACGGCGAUCAUUAUUUCCACGGCAUUCUCGGACUUCCUUCCCGUUGCGCGUACGAACGGCGCGGUUCUUCCUUGGAAUUGUCAGCGAUUCGCCACGUCAGAGAAGACGAUCACCGCCUGGCCAGCGGUGUGGCACGGUGGAGAGCCGCCGCCAUUUGAUAGCCUUCAACGCUGCGGCGUCCCCAUCGAUAUAGUCGCAUACGCGAUCCGCUAGUACAAGCGCAGUGAACCCCUGUAGGUGCCUGCGUUGGUGUCAUCGGGCGACUGUCGCUCGUCGCCUGGGCAUCGAGAGAGUGGCGAGGCGCGAGUGCGACAGUAGCGAUGGGCGCUUCGUCGCGACUCGACAUCCCCGAGGCAACGGCCGGCACGGAUGGCGCGAGCAAGGCGCAGCUGCCAUCGGACGCGGAGCAGCAAAAGCGCGGGGGGCGGGUGACGUGGGGGCGCGUGGUGUGCUGCUCGCUGUGCGCGCUGCUGCUGCUGCUCGCCGUCGCUGUGGCCGUGGCCGUCUCCAUCUUCGUGCUGUACCAGCCCAUGGCGCCCGAGUUCACGGUGACGCGCAUCACCAUCGCGCACAUGGCGCUCACCCCGCUGCUGCCGCCCACACCGCCCUCAUCAUUGCCGCUGCUGCCAGCCACCGCCCCCGCCUCCUUGCCCCCUCCUAAUGUCCCCCUCCCCGGCAACACAUCGCUGCCCGGCAACCUGUCCCUGCCCUCCUUGACCGCCCCGCUGCCGUCCAACUUCACCCUCACCACCGCCCAGCUCGCUGCUGCCGUCAACGCCACUGCUGCUGCCGCCACUCUCCCCGCCAACUCCACCUCUCCGCCCUCCCCUGCUGCCACUGCUGCCGCCGCUGCCGCCUCUAGACUCAUCUCCCCUCUCGCCUCAUCCCCUUUACUGACAUCCCCGCUACUAGCCAAUGCAAACCUGACGAUCAACGCGCCCCCAGGCACAACGCUGGUUGGGCUGCUGGCGGCGCGCGAGGCGGAGCUGGACGGCGCGCUGGACGUGGCGGUGGUGGCGGGCAACCGCAACCACGUGGGCAUCUCGUAUGAAUACGUCAGCAUCCUGGCGCGCUUUCAAGACAAGGACGUCGGCAAUGCAUCGAUCCCUGCGUACCACCAGCCGCCGCGCAGCAACACCACGGUGCAGGCCCGCGUGCUGCUCACGCACCUGCCUCUGCACCUCUCGCCCGCCGUCAACUCGCCCCUCUCCCGCCAAGCCCUCUCCGCCUACUCCACUCUGCCGCUGCAGCUGGCCAUUGAGGUGCGCGCCAACGUGGACGUGUACAACAUUGGAACUCCUUAUAUCACGGUCAAUCUAAUGUGCGAUUUGGAUGUCAACAUUGCACAGCAGAGCGUGAACAACACAAGAUGUCACCUUGAGGGCAUUCAUUUGUGAUCAAAGAUGCUUAUUGUGGAUGAUAGAUUAUUUAUCUGUUGUAGAAAGGCGUUUCCAAUGAGUCAAACAGUAGUCACGCUUCUUUUAGGUGGCGAAGCAUGGUAUUGUGGUAAUACAGAAUCAUGCGUUCUUGUACUGAACGGGGCGACACGGCUCAUGGUGUGAGUCGUCGUGACAUCACUCAAGUGGAGCUUCGCUUUCAGCCUCCCACCCAAAUCUCCUCCAUCCCCCACAACACAACUCUCCUCUCCUCCCCAAGGCCGUGAAGGCGCGAAACUAGCAGUGUUGAUAUGCUCGUUGCCUAGCCUUCACGAAUCAACAUGUCGUUACCCCGCCGACGCGUCAGUCUAGGCCCGCGAUCUCUGCGAUCCCCGCUAGCGUGCUCCCGCUGACCUCGCCCGCUCCCUCUUGGGAUCGCUUUGCUUUCCGAGCUAGCUUUCCGCAGGGCUCCCCCCCACUGCUGUCAUCGCAACAGAGUUUCGCCGCCAAGCUCAGUUGCAGGCGGCUGUCUCAUCGCCCAGCAGGUGAUCUGCUGCAGUGGUGCCUUGAAGCCGUCCUUCGUCCUCGCGUCCCAACCCGCCCUCCCCUUCACCCACCCGCUUGUCCUUCUCUUGCCGCUCUCCCACCUCCGAGGAAGGAGUCCCUCCUCC